CAUGCCAGCUGAACACUGGGAGGCUCAGUGCAUUGCUGAGUGCUGGACAAAUGCUCCAGGGCAACCACUGAAUAGACAACAUGUUUUCUCUUUUUGACAGCGUGGUGUGAGUGACUAUACACAACUCUUUAAUCAUUAUUAUACUCUCUACUGUACAUUAUGUGAGUCACUGAUGCAAGACAUGACAUUUUAGACACCACUUGUAGCUUGCUGAGAAUUUAAAUCAACCCUGCUUCGAAACCUUUCAUACUGCAUGUUUCAGCUCUCUGUUGGUGGCCCAGGCUGCUUUUAUUGUCUCAGUUGGUAACUACUGUAUCUGUCACUCACUGGAGAAGAAUUGAACACCAUGACUACUGCAGUAAACAAGCUUUAAGUAGCUCUGUAUGUAGCCUUACACACAUACACACAGUACAGAGAAAUGUAGACAGUAAAUAGGGAAAACACUGCUGAAUUGUGCCACAACUUGUGUUUUUUCUACAUGAAAGCAUUUGUUGCACCAGACAGCAAAAGAUUCAGAGCAGCUGGUGGUGCCAAGAGCAGAGCACAGCCAGGAACCAAAAGACCAAAUGUUUAUCAAAAAUGCCAACCUGCGAAACCCCCGUCGCCACCAUGAAUUCUUUCUGCGUAGUCGACCCUACAGGGGGGAACCGCCGGCAGUGGCAGGAUUUCUCCUCUACCCGGACACUCCCGCCAAGAUGGAGACCACGUCACGAGAAGCUUUCUGCUUUAGACCCGACUCACAGCAAGACAGAGACAAAGGAGACCACAUCACCUCAAACACACAGCAGGAGUUCCAACGUUCUCAUCCCACAUCCUCGAGACAAACAGGAAGAGGAAGCUGUAAACCAGGGGAGGACGAGCAGGAGGGCAACCGUGUUCAAACAGCAGUGACAAAUGAACAAGAUACGACUGAGAUGCAGUCUCAGUAUCAGAAGGAUUUCCCUCCUCCGUCCUCCUGCCGCAGGAGGCGAACACCUGCCCUCCCACAGCCGGACAACAUCGGCAUCAACCCUGCCUUCAGGAUCGACUUUAGCACAGUGCAAAGAGAGAAUUACCCUGGCUGGCCCGUCAUGGAUCCCAGGUCUGCUGGGAGGCUGAGAGUGGUCUCGUCCAGACAACCAAACAUGAAUAAAUAAAUGUCAAACAACGUCAUUAUAAUGCUCAGAGUUUUUUCCGACUGCAGCAAAUGUCUAAUUCCAUCGAAUGGCUAUCGAUCCUGUCUUGUUAUAAUCAUAGUGCACAGUAAUAAACAUGAUUUUCUAAACCAGUGAUAAA